AUGCCCCUUGUCAAAGCCAAAACAGAUCAGAACGACGAUACCCGCGUCCUGGGUUAUGAUCCCCUUCUCUCUCCUCACUACCUCCAGACUCAAAUUCCCUCUCCCGCUACAUCAGUCGAGACAGUCAAGUCAGGACGAAAUCAAGCCAUUGAAAUCAUUGAACAGCGCGACGAUCGUCUCCUUGUCGUUGUCGGACCAUGCUCAAUCCAUGACCCCGAAGCCGCCAUCGAAUACGCCCACCGCCUGAAAGCACUGUCCGACAAACUCGCCGGUGACCUAUGUAUUAUCAUGCGCGCCUACCUCGAGAAACCCCGUACAACAGUUGGAUGGAAGGGACUUGUCAACGACCCAGACAUCAACGAAUCCUUCAACAUCAACAAGGGACUACAAGUCUCCCGCAAGUUGUACGCAGACCUGACCAGUCUCGGCAUACCAAUUGCCAGCGAAAUGCUUGAUACCAUUUCCCCCCAGUACCUUGCCGAUUUGAUCUCCGUGGGCGCCAUUGGUGCACGCACCACUGAAUCCCAACUCCAUCGUGAGUUGGCUUCUGGUCUCAGUUUCCCCAUCGGAUACAAGAACGGCACAGACGGUAACCUAGGUGUUGCCAUUGACGCUAUCGGCGCCGCUUCGCAUCCUCACCAUUUCCUUGGUGUGACUAAAGAAGGUCUCGCAGCCAUUACCAAGACAACCGGUAAUGAGCACGGCUUCGUGAUCCUCCGCGGCGGCACAAAGGGGACCAACUAUGACCGGGAAAGCAUUAAAGCUGGACGCGAGGCUCUACGAGCCCGCAAGCAACGCGAAAUCAUGAUGGUGGAUUGUUCACACGGAAAUUCGAAGAAGGACCAUCGUAAUCAACCUCUCGUCGCGAAGGAGGUUGCUGACCAACUUCGCGAGGGUGAAAGUGCGAUUAUCGGUGUGAUGAUUGAGUCGAAUAUCAAUGAAGGCAAUCAAAAGGUUCCUCCCGAGGGCCCGUCUGGUCUCAAGAAGGGUGUUAGUAUUACUGAUGCCUGUAUUGAUUGGGAGACGACUGUGGUCGUACUUGAGGAUUUGGCUGAUGCUGUUCGUGCACGUCGUGCUACGAACAAGAGCAAGACCAAUGGAAGUGCCUAG